CGCUAUCCCCAAGCUAUGCCCCCGCACAGUCACAGCGCCUCCAUCUCGAGCCUCGGCCGCGGCCCCGCUGGAGGCCGCAGCGCGGGGCCGGCAGGGGGCGCUGCCCGCCAGUCCCGCCGGAAGCGGCGCUGCUGUGGCGGCGCGCGGUGUGUGCGCGGCGCGGCCAUGCCGGGCAGGAAGUCUUCCAAGGAGAAGAAGCGGCGCCGCUCGCGUUCCUGCUGCCCGGAGGGAGCCCCGGGGCCGGACGGCAGCGACAGGAAGCGGCGGAGCACCGAGUCCAGCCACGGCGCCCUGGAGGAAACAAAAUGCAAUGUACUCUCUGGAGAAAAAGUGGAAGAAGCUGAACAACCCAGUGAUAUAGAAGAAGGAGGAUUAGAUCUCACUGUGUCACUCAAACCUGUCAGUUUCUACAUUGGGGACAAAAAGGAAAUGCUUCAACAGUGUUUCUGUGUCAUAGGGGAGAAGAAACUACAGAAGAUGCUGCCUGAUACUUUAAAGAACUGUUCCAUGGAUGAAAUCAAAAGACUUUGCAUGGAGCAGUUGGAGCUGUUAUCUGAAAAAAAACUGUUGAAGAUACUUGAAGGCAAGAUUGGAGCUGAUUCUGAUACUGACGAGGAGGCAGAUGGAGGAGACAAGACUGGAGGUGAUUCAGUCAGUCAACAGGACAACAGUAUAGACUCAACUUCUUCUCUGAGAGAAGACAGCAAGCUGGAAGGUCAGGAAUCAAAGCAAGGCAAGGGAGAAGAUAGUGAUGUCCUCAGCAUAAACGCAGAUGCAUAUGAUAGUGACAUAGAAGGACCAUGCAAUGAAGAGGAUGGUCCAGAUGUGCAAGAGAGCACUGUCAGAAGUGGAGCUGGCCAGAUAGAUGACCUUCAGAAGGACAUUGAGAAGAGUGUGAAUGAGAUUCUGGGGUUGGCAGAGUCCAGCCCAAAGGAGCCCAAAGCAGCAACCUUAGCUGUUCCUCCAUCAGAAGAUGUUCAGCCAUCAGCACAACAGCUGGAGCUUCUGGAACUCGAGAUGAGGGCCAGAGCUAUUAAGGCUCUGAUGAAAGCUGGUGAUGUAAAGAAACAUCCCUGAGACUGUUCAGAUUUCAUUUUCACUGUUUGUUUCGAAGAAGGUCAUGUCUGUUCUCUUCGGUGCUACAGUAUGUUUGGGUUGGGUGUGACAUUCCUCAUUCAGACUGUAUCGUGUAUCCUGACCCGUGGUUCAGUGGUUUUGUUGCCUUUAGUGUGCUGCUUCCAUGACAUGCACAAACAGUGGUGGAUGCUUCCCUGAAAUGAGGUGUCCUUUGGCUGGGUCACCUCCUCAGGGAGUCACACCACAUACGGAGCUCUGCCAGGUAUCUGGUGCCUUCCAGAAAGGUUGUUGUAGAAAUGUAGAAUCAUUGAAUGGUUAGGGUAGGAAGAGAUUUGAGACUGCUUAAUUCUUCUUGGGGCCCAUCUCAUCAUAAUGUAGGUAUUCCAAUUAAAAUGUGACACUUUGUGUAAAAGCAUACUUAGUGUUUAAAAUUUGAAUUCCUAAAGGGAGGGAUUUUUACCUUUCAAGUAAACAGUUGAACAUGUUAUUUUCAGAGUUAUGAAAGUGCCUGAAAGAGACAGAGCAGAGUUUUUUACACUGCCAUAUAGUUCUGUCACUUUUCUCCACUCUUAUCUUUUGUAUUAUAACUGAAGAAAGCAGAGUUUCUUCCUAACUGGAAAGCUUUUCUUUUGAAUAUUUGGCAUAAUAUUUAGCAAAUCCAACAGUUCAGAAGACCUUGAGCUUUUGACAUUCAAUUGAUGUAGUCAUUUCAUGUCCCCUGAAAGUGGGAAAACCCACCUAAUUUCAGUAUGCUUUUUUAGAAAAGGCAUUUAAUUUAUUUAUGAGGGUUUAAAAAACAAAUUCUAUUUUUAUCCAUUUCAAGGUAUUUCUUUAUUAAUAAAUUGAAUUCCAGAAUGUAUUUUCAUGCUAUAAUUUCUUUCAACAAUUAAAAUUAUUUUAAUUUUUUUUGGACUAGUGCUGGUUUUAUGUCUUGCUGCUAAUCAGAGCAUAUUAAAAUAUUUGUGUGUUUGUUUACACAUGCAGACGUCAGUUUAUUUCUUUAAAGGUAUGAAGUUUACAAUUGUACUGUUUGUUAAGUAAAAUAAUGUAUUAUGGUUUUUUAUUCGCAAAUUUUCCUUGGUUGUUACUUAGAAAGCCAGUUUUACAUGCUUUGCAACAGUAGCAGACAUAAUUUCCCCUACUAUUGUGUAAUAUUAUUUCAAACCUUCGUCUAUUCAGAUAUUAUAUCUUGAAUCCUUUUAAGGUUUAUAAUUUUCUUUUUUUUCUUCCAUCUUAUCCCUUUUCUUCCUUGUCUUUAUUCCGUUUCUUUUUUACCAGUUUCCUUUUAAACCCUUUUCUAUAGCAAACUGCUUGGAUUUCUUAAGUAUGAUUGAUUUCCUCUACAACCAAAAUUAUUGUAAAAUGUUAGUGCAGUGUAAAUUUGAUAAUAAACUAAAACCUUCAUUAAAUACAGCUGAUAAAAUUAUAGUGUGCUUCUACUAAGUGAUGUCAGUGACCUGGGUAAAGUGCACCUGACUCCAGUCUUAUCCACAUCGUCAACAUUUUUUCUAUUAUUUUGUAGCAAAUGGAUGUUGUAAGUGAAAAUAUAUACACACAAUUCAAAAGGUAA